UAUGAAUAUAAACCGUAGCAACUAUAAAAUAAGGUUUCGAAUUGAAAAUCCUUAAUUUUCUCUAGUUGGAAGGGGAUAACAAUAUCGUUAUUACAUUCUACACCGCUCUAACAAUGACCACAAGCACAGGUUUUGUAGCUAUCUCUUUCGCUCUCAGUACGAUAAUCAUUAAGGUCUCUUUCUCACUUCGCUGUUAAGCGCGGGUUGCUUCAUUUCUUUUUUCUUUAGUAUGGUAGUAUUCGAGCGGGUGCACACUCGUCGUGCCGCUUCGCGCGUAAAUCGAGGCUUGUUUAUUUUGUGACGGUUUCUUUCGAACUAUUAUAAACUAUGGAAUUAACCUAAUGGAUUAUCUUCAAGUGAUGUGACAAUUGUUAGGUUAAUUUCGAAGAGUGGUUUGAUUUGUCUCCUCAAAAUGGAAUUGAGGUCCGUGUUUUGGACAGUUGUCUUGGGCCUGAUUUUUGGUGCGGAGGCGGGGAUGAUGGGUGAUCAUUGCGACUGGAAUGGCAGUGGCCUGACCAGCAACGCGGAGCGGGGUGUGACACCAGUCUACCUGCGAUGUCGCGAAGGCCUAGUGUCCUGGAUGUAUCCUCGAGGCGCGCUGAGGUUGCUCUUCAAGCCGCCCAUGCCUGCUGACGAGCGGGAUUUCCAUGUUUGUGUGCGAGUUGUGCGAAGACCAGAUCCGCCUGACUUGUUCCACGAUGACCGGCUUAACGAUACAAAAGCCGAACGCUUCCCUGCUCGGUUGUUCGUCGAGGGCGCCCACAAACUGGUGCCCCUAUACGCGCCGGACGAUGGGGACCCGCGCGAGCUCCGCUGCUUCCGCAGCCGCCGCGGCCGGGCCGCGCUCUACGUGGAGGCCGAGCCCGAGGAAGGAACCAAGCGCCGCGAGGCCACCCUGAGAUACGAGGCCAGGCCGCUGAACAGGCGGCACUAUGAUCCUGCCACGGCGGAUUGCAGGCCGUGCUCUGAGGAGGAACUGGAACUCGCAUUCUGCACUAGUGAUUUAGUGUCUCGCGGAACAUUCGUGGGCGCCGAGCAGCGCUCGGACCUGGACAGCACGCAGCUCACGCUGCGGCUCAGUAAGCUCAUCCGCGCCACCGGCAGCGCCGGGCCCGAUCCCCGCACGGACGACGCGGCGGACGAUAAUUACUAUAGGUACGACGUAGACAACGCGCUCGAGCGCACCACCCACCGCAACCACCGGCGGAGGACGCGGAGCCUGCACGCACACAUCCACGUGUCGUCCGUGUGCGGCGCCGAGGCCGGCGCCGGCGAGUUCCUAGUCAUGGCGCGGCGCAGGCUCGGGCGGUACUCGCUGGUGUGCGCGCCGAGGAUAGAGGACUGGGAGGAGCUCGUGGAGAGGCGGACUCGAGAUGGCAAUGCGCAUUGCUCGCUGCAACAUUAGAUGGUUCAGCGUAUGUGUAGGAAUACACGAAGUCUCAAGUACGUUCGAUUCAUGUUUGUAUGAAUCCAUACGAUCUGAUGCUCUUUCCGAAUGUGAACUCUGUUCAGUUCAGUGAACAAAUGAAAAAUACCUACCGUACCGUAAAAAGGAAAUAAUGGUUAUUAGAUGCAGGCUUCUUCCAAAAGUUCCAAAGAUAACCUCAAUACAACUUCAUGAUUGCAUUCAGCGAUUCUCUCUCCAUCUAUAGAGAAAUCAUACACACUAGAGAAAUAAAGCGGUAUACGCGAAAUUGGUAUAUAUUAAGUCAACGAAAUGAAAAUGAAUAAGGAAUACACUGUAGAAUAUAUUGUAAAGGAUAUGUAAUGAACUUUCUUUACCUACUAAAGUAAAGCGAUUGUACCUUUGACAUACAUGUGUAUUUCUCACUUAGUUUCAAGAGACAGAUAAUAAAUAUAGACGCAAUAAGUGCCGCAUUAAAAACGCCAUCAAGUGUAUUUUCACAACAGACCAACAAAAAUGUCAAAAAGACCGAUAAGGACCAAUGAUUAUCAAUGGUUUGUGAGAUUUAGAUUUGACAAACGUUUAAGAAUAACGCUAUAAUAAAAUAAAUAUCUAGUUACUAAAUAGAUAACACAUGGAAACGUAGUGCCUAUAAAAUGUAAACGUAAUAUAUUAAUUUAUAGGUACAGUCACCUGCAAUAAUAUGUUACUCUUCGAAGGCCGCAAAAAUAUAUGACACGCUCUUAUGGCUCUACAAAUAAGAUCGCGUCAGAUAUUUUUGCGUCCUUCGUUGUGUAACAUAUUAUUGCAGGUGACUGUACAUUGCAUCCAGCCGCAAAACUGCAUGGCUACUUGAAUGUGACCAUGCAAUUUUGCAGCUCACUGUACAUUUUUAAUUAAAAGAACCUUAAAAUUGCUUGCCAUAGAAAAUUGCUAAUCGAUGCAAUAUUGUAAAGUACAUAUAUCUAAAAGAAAAGUAAUAUCAUAUUAUUUUCUAUCUGUACAUAUAAUUCUAUUUUUAAAUAAUGUGCCGCUAUAUCUGAAACAGCAAUAUACAAUUUUUUACGCACUAAUGUACAGUCGACGUCAAAGAUAUGUUUACAUUUUUCGCCUUAUUACAAAGGCAAAGAUCCAAAAGUGUAAUCAUAUCUUUGACGUCGACUGUACAUCAAAAGUCAAAACACUAAUAUUGCUCUUUUAGAUGUCGCGUUAAAUAGAUUUAACAUUCAAAAUGUGGUCAAGGGUGCCAAAUCUGUAAGAUCUUCAGAAUAGAUGUAAGGUUGAUCUCAACUUGUAUAUAUUAUCAAUAUUAUCAUAGAAAGAAGCAUGUAUUGUUUAGAUGAAGAAAUGUGAGUUGUACUAUAGUUCGUUUUUUUAGCAUUAGAAAAAGAUUUCGCGAUCUUGACGUGUCUUUUAAUUGAAAAACGCUUUUUAUGAACUUAUGAAAGCAAAAUAAUGUAAAUAGUCGUAUAUGAUUCAUAAUUGUUACAUAUUUGCCGUUACUGACUUAUUUUUCAAAAGUGCUUGUCAAUAAAAAGACACUUCAAGAUUGUUUACCUUUUUUCUAAUGCUAAAAAAAACGAACUAUAACUGUUUGACUUGAGGCAAACAAGUAUAGUUCAGUCAGCUGCAAAUAAAUUUAUAUGCAGGGAGGGUCAUUUAUCUCUGCAGGUGAUUGUACCUACGCAAGUAAGAAUUCAGAAAUAAAUAUGGGAGAAGUAGCAUGAGAAAGCCGUUAUAAAAGAACACUCGAUAAUUUCGAGAGUCUGAACAAACUGAGCAUGGGUUUUAUUGAUACGAAAUAAUAAUAAAAAUCCAUCAAUAGUAGCUAAAUAAUAAAAAAUAUAAAAACUGAACAUAAAAACCCUUGCACAAUUUACUUAGAGUUAGAGCCUAAAAAAACUUUUUUUCUACUAGUCGACUGUAAUUCUUGAAUUAAGAUUUCUGAUACCAAACUGCAAUUGGGUAUUUUUAAUGUAUGGGCUCCCAACUGAACUAUAAUAUUCAUUUCGAUACAGUUUAGUCAACUAUAAUGAAAUUGACCAAUAGCUCAAAUUAAUUAUUUUAGGUUGUAUAGUAGAAACAAUUGGUUCAUAACUUUGAUAAGUCAGAAACGCGCAUGUGACACCCUUAAUAUAGCAACAUCCAUAGACUACGAAAACCACUUUUUCUACUAGUCGACUGUAAUUCUUGAAUUAAGAUUUCUUAUACCAAACUGCAAUUGGGUAUUUUUAAUCGAUGGGCUCCCAACUGUUCGCGAAUCUUAGCUGUAUACUUUUAGUUUGGUUUGUUUGUAUGAUUCUACUAGUUUAAAGUAUUAUUUUUGUUGACUAGUAGAAAAAGUGUUGUAUACAAUAGUGAUAUAAUCAAGCUUUUCAAUCUCGUACCUUACUUAGGCAACUCAGCAAGCUUCGUUGCCUAAACACGGUACUCGACUGAAAAACUCUCUAUUAUAUCACGAUUGUAUAAAAUACUAGUACACUGCAUCUCCCUUACGUAACGUACGUUUGUUUGGUAUGUAAACAUUAUUGCUUUGUAGCCUCACCUCGCUUCAGUGCUUCCAGUAAAAAAAAAACUAUUUUUUAUUCCAGAUGUAAUAGUUUUUGCUAAUAUAUAUCAUAUAGUAUGUACAAUAAAUAGAAUAAGAAAUGUGAAUACCUAUUAAUUUUAAAUUUGUACAAUUCGUAAGAAUAGUUUUGAUUUGUGAUAUAGUUUACAACGAAUGUACUGAGAAGUGCCUAUUGUACAUAGAAAUUAUAAAGAGUUUGAUAUUAUGUUUAUGAACUAUAUGUUGUAAAGUAAGGGAAAAACUGUUGAAUAUAAGAUUUUAAAGA